UUACAGGAAUUCAACGUGGUGAAAGAGACGAAUGCAGUGCAGCCGCCGCAAAACGCCGCCGUUCAAUCUUUGAAUUCGGAAUCGUUCAGGAGCUCACCGGUCGAAUUGUCCGGAGGCAGGGACCACCCUCUCCAGCACCAGAGCAGAUCUUAUCCCACGGGACAGCCGUUGUGCAGGACGCCUAGCAUCUCCAGCCAAAGCAGUUUGGAAAGCAGCGCUUCGCGACAGGGACAUAGAGGCUCCUCCCCGCAAAUCAGAACCUUUGCCCCAGACGGCAAAACCCCGGUACACCACGAGGCCACCCACACCGUAAGCUACCCCCUCAGAGCCACCAGUAGAUCCCCAUCGCCCCUCCGUGCCGCCUCCCUCGAUAUCAGAUGCUCAUCACCAGGAACUUCUAAUGUGUCAACUACUGAAACUAGAACGCCUUCCCCAUCUCAGUCAUCGAUAGCUUCGUUCACGGGUGGUUCGGCCAGUUCUUGCAAUUCCCCAGUUCCCGCCUCUCCCAGAACAAUUAAUUUAGGAAGAUGUUUAUCACCACUCCUCAUUCCUAACGCUCAGAGACAUUCGACAGAUACGGCUGUGCCUUCUGCUCCACCUGCAAGUCCAUUAGGUGCCAUUCAACCAGACCUCUAUUUGAGGAAAGAUGGACCUCUAUUUCUGAGCGCCAGCCCGAAAAAUGGACCAAGCUUAGGACGACUCCACUUUAGAUUAACCUACGAUUUUAACAGGAGUGAUUUGAUUGUGCAUCUAAUCGAAGCCCAUGAUUUGACCGGAAGCGAGCAGGGAGGUUUCAACGACCCCUACGUCCGUUUGGCCCUUAUUCCGAAGGUGGACGACAGAAAACGCCAGACCACAGUACACAGGAACGACCCGAACCCAUUUUUCGACCAACACUUCAAAUUCCCGAUCACCAACGAGGAACUGAGAACUAAAACGCUUAUGCUGCAAGUUUUCGACUACGACAGAUUUUCUAGGAACGACGUGAUCGGCGAGGUCUCGAUGUCGAUGGAGGACUUUGACGUUUCCGGUGGCACGUUGGAGGUUUGGGGCGAGAUUACUAAGAACAAGAAGCCGCCGGAGGAGCUGCAGGAGAUUUUGGUGUCUUUGAGCUUUCUCCCGUCCGCCGAAAGACUGACAGUUGUGUUGUUGAAGGCCAGAAACUUAGUCAUGCCCAAUGACCGCGAUACAAUAGAUCCCUUUGUGAAGGUUUACCUUUUGGUAAAUGGCAAGCGGGUUAAGAAGAAGAAAACUGCUACGAAAAAAAGCAGCUGCAAUCCAGUAUGGAACGAGGCUCUAACUUUCAGCCUUAGCCCGUCCAAUUUGCCGAACGCUUCUGUUGAGAUUCAAGUGAUGAAUCAGGGAAGCGAACUGAUGAGCACCAGUCCGGUUUUAGGUACGUGCACUAUAGGUCCUAAGCAGACUGGUCCUGAAAGAGAUCACUGGCUUGACAUGAGCCACAGCCUAAGGAAGGCCAUAGCCUGUUGGCACACGAUUCGAUACACCAAUUAAACAACAGAAUUAGAAAACGAACGGUUAUAUAGCUCAAAAUUAAUUCGGAUAAAAAAAAAAAUUACUACGUACAAUGAGAAUAUUCAAGUCUUAUGAUUCUUUUAUAGGUAAUUUUUUAGAGGAAUAUGCAUGCGAUGCAGUCGCAAGGUUUACUAAUGGGUGUAAGGGUGUAAUAUAAUUGUUGGUUCAAACAACAUGGGGACUUUUGCAAAUAUUUGCAAGCAAAAUGGAACAAUUUAAUGAACAAUAGUUUUAAAAUAUAAAUAUAUAUAAAUUUAACUAGGUUUUGAACCACAACAAAUAUAAUACUCAAUAUGUUAAAUUCAAGAAGGACUCUUACGACUGCAUUUACCAUAAAUUUUCUACACUUACCACAAUUUUAACGCCAGUUCAUAAAUUAAACCAAAGUGGAACUGGUUAUUUUUUUAAUGCUUCCAAUUUUUAAUAUACGCUUAUUUCCACCAAUUAUUUCAUUCAAACCAAUUAAUAUUUUUAUAUGGAACAAGGUAUUUAUUGAAAAAUUGAAUUGUGGUAAAUCAGUAUUAAGUACAAAGCAAAAAUAUUGUGCUCAUGUUUGAUCUCAUUUAUUAAUCAAAAUUUGUAUUAAUUUUACUAAUGCGAAAACACGAUCCAUACAUAAAUCAUUGACAAAUAAUUGGAAUAAAAAAAAAUAAGAAAAUAUUUUUUUAUAUUUCACCUGUACAAGAAACUCUUAUGAAAUGUGACUUGAAUUUUUAUGAAGAAAAAAAAAAACAUGUAAGUAUUUGAAAAGUUAUAUUGAGUGACAAUCAUUUUAUUUUAAAUGCAAUGAUUAAAGGCGUCUUGCAGGCAAUACAAGUUUUAAAAUAUUUUUUUAUGGAACAUGUAUUGCGUACAAAAUACUAAUUGCUCUUGAAAUAGGGUUUGAAGAAUCGGCAUUUCAUUGAUCUCGAAACAAAAUUAAUCAUUGCAAUUUUGAAUAUUGAGGUGUAGUUGCAGCAUAUCAAUUAUAGAUAAAAUGUUUUUUUGAAUGAAGUAAGCAAAUUAUUAACAUAUCCCCCCAAAUAUAACAGUUUUUCCACGUUUAUAAUUUUUGUGGAAAUUUAGAGUUUAGUGGAUCUAUAAUUGAUGUGGACGGACUAAUAAUAUUUAUAAUAUUAAUGAAACGCUUAUUAAAUUUUAAGAUAUAUAAUUGAUAUGUAAGGUAAAGAAUUAAAACAAAAUUAUAUAUUACCAAACUUUAGACAAAUUUUAAUAAUUGCCGAGGCGUAAUUUAAAUUUAUGAAGAGUCUAACAAAAAUACAUGUUUGAAAUUUAUUGUAACCGCUAAAUUUAUACUAUUUUUAAUACGAACGUUGUUUACGGAUUGUAAUUUUUAAAGUUUGUCGAAAAUGGUUAAUGUAAGUACGUCCCUGAUUGCUAAAACUUAUGAAGUCAUAUUGUAUUAUUACUAUUCGAUGGUUAACAAAAUGCCAAUUUUGGAUGCUACAAACAGAAAACUAUUGACAUAUUGCUGUGGAAUCACAAAUUGGGAUUUUGGUGACUGUGCUAUACACUAAAAAAGUAUUUAUAAAUUUAAGAGGUGUUUUCGAUAACUUUAUCAAUUUGUAUAAAAACAUUUAUGUAUUCAAUUUAUUAAUGUUGUUGUUGUAGCAGUCGUCAUAAGUUGAUGCUAUUUUAAAAUUGGUAAAUAAACUAGUGAAUUUAAAAAGAAAAGUUUAAAUUAGGAUAACUUGUAAAUUACUGUAAAUUCUUCAUUGAAAUGGUCGUAGUUUGUUGAUAGUCUGUUUUUUAAAGAGAAACCCAUCGACAGUAAGAUAUUCAGUAUUAUUGAGUUGCUCAAAUGGUUAGCAAAAAUUUACAAAAUGGUUACAUGAGGUAUUCUUGCGGAGACAGACAAUCCCAACACUCGGGAAUCCCAAUAGUUUCGAAUAUUACUAUAGAAAUAGUGCUGGUCGGCAAAUUAUGUGUUUAUAGAUUUAAAACAUGCUGGAUUAGGGACCAUAAACUAGAAACGACAAGCCAUACAAAUUUUAUUCCUCACUAUAGAACUAGAAAUCUCUGAACAUCAAAUACUCAAAUUUUUGUUUUCGACUAUUGCUGUCCCUGUUUGUUUCUGUUCUUCUUUCUCUGUUUUUAACUUAAUAAACGAUAAUAAAUGUGUAUGUAUAGUAGUAAUUAAAAAAAUGAAGUUAUCUGAGAAAUACUUUUAACCUGUGACGACUGUUCAAAACGUAGACCUAAGACUAAUUCAAUGAAGUAGAUAUUCAAUAAAUGUUAUAAAUAAAUGGUAAAAAAUAUUGUUCCUGUCAUAUAAGCAUUCGGAAUUCAUGCAAUUCACCGUUUACUAAGACAUGAAACCAUAUCAAAAACUGCUUGUAACAUUGUGACUGGAUGUGACUAUAUGGCACAGAAUAAUGCUCCUUAAUGUGACCUUUACCUAUUACCUGUAAAUGGAAAAUGUAACCUUUUUGUUAAUGAAGAUUAUGAUAUAUAUUUAAGGGAUAACUAUUAUGUUAAAUAUUUAAAUAUUGGCUUGAUGGAUUUUUAUUCAUUUGAUUAUUGGGCCAAUUUGUCUUCGUCGUAUUUUAUUAAUUUAUUUCCUAAUCAUAUUUUUUAUACUGAAAGUUUGUUACUUAUUUUGGGACAAAUAAAAUAGUAGUUCAAUAUUAAACUUGUAACCAAACUAAAACUGUCUACAUCUAACUUAAUAAUACAAAUAUUCAAUUUCUAGACUUGUAUUCAUAUCAUUGUGAACUUGGACCAAAAACUGUUAUUUUUCAAAAUUUUCAAAUAAAAAGACUGAUUCCAAACAAAAAGGUUGCAUUUCCAAUCAUCUAAUGUAAGUUAUAUUUAAAUUAUAUAUACAUGUUAUUAAAUUAUUUAUAUUGAGAGACUAUUACCAUAUUAAAUAUUUCUACAGGGUCCUAAUUAUGUUUUAUGAUGAUUUACUACAUACGAUUAUCAUUUAAACUAAGCCUACGAAAAAAUAUA